AUGAAGUUUAUUAUCAAAGGUGGUGUUUGGAAGAAUACAGAAGACGAGAUCUUGAAAGCUGCCGUCAGUAAAUACGGUAAAAACCAAUGGGCGCGUAUUUCAUCUCUGCUUGUUCGCAAAACGCCAAAGCAAUGUAAAGCAAGAUGGUAUGAAUGGCUGGACCCCAGUAUCAAAAAGACUGAAUGGUCCAAAGAAGAAGACGAGAAAUUAUUGCAUUUAGCCAAACUCAUGCCUACACAGUGGCGUACCAUUGCUCCUAUUGUCGGCCGUACGCCAGCACAAUGUUUAGAACGUUAUCAACGACUUUUGGAUGAAGCUGAAUCACUGCAAGAACGCUCUAGCGAGCUUGAUUUGACUGGAUCCAUGGGUCAUGAAACUGGCCCUAGUGCAGACGAUGUGCGCAAGUUAAGGCCUGGAGAAGUUGAUCCCGAGCCAGAAUCAAAGCCUGCUAGACCUGAUCCUGUCGACAUGGACGAAGAUGAGAAAGAAAUGUUAUCAGAGGCCCGUGCAAGAUUAGCCAAUACACAGGGUAAAAAGGCCAAGAGAAAAGCAAGAGAGAGACAAUUGGAGGAAGCCAGAAGAUUGACAGCACUUCAAAAGCGAAGAGAAUUGAAAGCUGCUGGUAUCCACAUGCGUAUGAAGACCAAGAAGAAUGUCAUGGACUACAAUACAGAUAUUCCUUUCGAAAAGAAGGCAGCAUUAGGUUUCUACGACACGACAGAGGAAGCUAGCCGCAUUGCAGAUCCUGGAAAACUGACCAAUGUUCACCUCUCCAAACUGAAUAGACGACGUGCCGAUAUUGAAGAUGAAAAGAAUCGUGAAAAGAAGCGUAAAGCCAAGGAGAACCCCAACGCCUCACAAGAGGGUAAUCAAGGCAAAUUCGUUCCAGCAAAGAACGCCAAAAUUGUUCAAAUGCAAGAGCAAGAGCAGAUCGCCAAACGUCGCAAGCUUGUAUUGCCCGCUCCACAAGUUGGAGAACAGGAAUUGGAAGACAUUGUGAAAUCUGGCUUUGCGGGUGAAAAUGCCAAAAACCUCGUUUUGGACAGUGAAGUCGAUGCUACACAAGGUCUAGUAGGUGAUUAUGCCUUCACACCUAACACACUUGCAACAAGAACACCUCGUGCACCACCUGCCAGCGAUAAUCUCAUGAUUGAAGCUCGUAAUCUGAUUGCACUCAGUAACGCCCAAACACCUCUCUUGGGUGGCGAGAACACAGCACUUUCUCAAGGCACUGGAUUUGAAGGCGCUACACCUAAAAUCACAGCUAUUCAGACACCUAAUCCCAUGGCUACACCCAACCCCAUGGCAACACCUCUUCGUAAUAGUGUGAUGGGAACUCCAUUUGGCAGUGAAACGCCCUUCAAAACACCUCGUGAAGAGAAAGCAUUCAACACACAACGCAAGCGUACACUUUUGCAAGGUCUUUCCAGCUUGCCCAAACCUCGCAAUGAAUGGGAAAUUAAACUUCCUGAAAUGGAAGAAAAGGAACCUGAGCAACCCAAGGAGGACACUGUGGAGGAUAUGAGCGACUUUGAACGUGAGAUCAAGGAAAAUGCCGAACUCGAAGCCAAAGAACGUGCAGCCCGUCGUUCCAUGGCAGUGCAACUCAACUUGCCUCGACCUGCAACAGUACCCACAUUUACGCUCGAUAAAGACGCAAGUGAAAUUGACAAAAUGAUUCACGAAGAAUUACAGCGCUUGUUGCAACAUGAUGCUGUCAAAUAUCCUGUCGCAGGUGGCAAGGUAGCCCCUGGUGCUACAAAAUUAGCGGACGGCAUUGCUGCAUUGGAGGACGAGUUUGAGAGUGCCGCACUACAAGAUGCUCGUAAGGAGUUGGAUGACGAAAUUGCAAAGACUCUGGGCCUCGAAUCACAGCAAGACAUCAAGAAGGCAGUAUGGAAUCACGUUUCCUCCAACCCUGCGUUUGAGACGAAAUGGGAAAAGGAGCAUGCUGAUUUGCUGUUCUCUGCCAAGUUUAAUCGCUUCAUGACGCUUGAGGAGAUGGAUGACGAAAAGGACAUGAUCCAAGGUUUAGACAAGAUUGUCGAGGCUAAUCGACAGGCCAUGAUCAAGGAUGCUACAAGAGCUGGCAAAUUAGAAAACAAGUUGGAUGUCAGAUUAGGUGGCUACAUGGCAAGAUCAAAAACAUUAUCACAACAAAUCAUUGAAUCUUACGAGGAAUUUGAGGCAGCACAAAUUGAGUAUCAAAGCUUCGUCAACUUGCAAAUUGCCGAGAAAUCAGCCAUUCCCAGACGCAUUGAAGCAUUGGAAGACGAAAUUUACAAGCUGGCAUCAAGAGAAAGGGACUUGCAGCAGAAAUACAAGGAUUUGAGUGACGAAAAGGUGGCUCUUUGUACAUGA